CUGGAUCCCAGGGUCAGCUGUGUCCAGGCUGCGAGCCAGGCUGUCCCCACAGGCUCCUCCCUGUCUCAGUCUACAAGGCCUGGCGAUCUGGCCCUGCAGCCUCUCCCCAGGUGGUGUUUUCCCAUCCUCAUGUUCAUCUUGUCCUCCCCUGGAUCUGACCAGACCUUGAAGCUGGGCCCCCAAAGUCCAUUCUCUGCACAGCGGCCGGAUCAACUUUCAAAUGAGAGUGACCGCUUCACCUCCUGCCCCAAGCUGGCCACUGUCUUCAGGGAGAACCUCAACAUCCUAAGCUCGCUCAGUCCCCACAUGGUCACGCUGGCCAAAGUCUGCAGCCUCCUCGCCAUUGGGAACGCUCUGCCCAAAGAGUAUUUAGUCCCGCGGCGCCCCCGGAGCCCGCCUUCCCGGACAUCUACGGCGGGGACGCGCGGCUCUGGGAGGCGCAUUUCCGCGGCAUCGGGCGCGCCUACCGCGCGCUGGGCAAGCAGGACGACUUCGCCAUCCGCGUGCUCACCGAGAACUUCACGCUGCCCUUCCCGUUCGCCUGGCCGCCCGGGCCGGACCCCGCCUGCGGGCCGCUCUUCUAUGAUCCCCGCGACCGCGCAGACUUCGACUUCCUGCUGCGCGGCCCCGGAGCUUCGCCCCCCGCGCUGCUGCGGCCUCUGCACGCCACGGCCCAGGCAGCGAUGCGCAAGCGGCGCCUGGAGCGGCUGGCCCUGAGCUACGCCCGCGCGCGGGGCCCGGGCCCGGCCUCGUCCUGCUGCUGCCCGGCCCCGCCGCCGCCUUCCCGGAGCCCGAGGCCAGCGCUUCCGGCGACGGCACCCCCAGGCUGGCCCAGGCCCCGCCGCUGCCCCGAGAGCGAACAGAAUAAAUAAAGAGUUUCCCCAGCUCUCC